AUGGAGAGUCCGACAACGGAGAAUCCAACCAAGGCUGCUGAGUAUUUGAAGGAGCUCAAUAAAAUAAUAGAGACACAACAGGAGUUGCUGGAGAAGCAAAAGAUUCGCAUUGAAGAGCUCGAACAGCAAGUUACGGAUCUGUGUAACGAGAAUAUCUGCUUGAAAGAAGAGUAUCAGCGGCAUCUGCUUAGUUGUAGGCUGCAACAGGGCAACAGUCAUACAACGUUAGGAUGCAUAACGGAAAAUGUCACACAAGAAAAAUCAGAAUGUUGCAGCUCAAGACUUGUCAGGCACACGUCACUGCCACUGGAGGCCUCAGACAGUGUCAGUGGUCUGGUGUGCAGGAGAGUGUACCCAUGCCGCCAGUGGAAAUCUGCGUCAUUUGGUGUGGAGGGGGAGGUUCAGAGCUCUGAGCCUGGUCCAUCUCUGGACAGAGGAACCGUAUAUGGUCGCGGGCCUGCAACUCAUGGUUCUGCCAUCAGUCCGGAUCAGGUUGACGGGUCGCUCUACGGUCACGUGGUUCAGCCGGGCCCUCAGCGUCCACGACGACCCAAACUCCAGCACUCCCAGUCCAUCCUGCGUAAACAGGCUGAGGAGGAAGCCAUCAAACGCUCACGCUCGCUCUCUGAGAGCUACGAGCUCUCCACGGACCUGCAGGACAAACAGGUGGAGAUGCUAGAGCGCAAAUAUGGGGGACGUUUCAUAACGCGCCAUGCAGCUCGUACCAUUCAGACAGCGUUCCGACAGUACCAGAUGAACAAGAACUUUGAGCGUCUCAGGAGCUCCAUGUCAGAGAACCGCAUGUCCCGGAGGAUUGUUCUGUCCAAUAUGAGGAUGCAGUUCUCCUUUGAAGGCCCUGAGAAAGUCCACAGCUCCUUCUUCGAGGGUAAACAGGUCUCGCUUACAGACGAUGGGACAGAGAUCGGGGCAAUGGUGCAAACAGAGUGUGGAGACAUGGUCCAGGCCAACAUGGCAUCUCCAACAAAUCAGAACGACCUCAGUGACGCCAUUACAGAGUUAGAGGACGCGUUUUCGCGGCAGGUGAAGUCACUUGCGGAAUCCAUCGAUGACGCUCUGAACUGUCGUAGUCUCCAUGGAGAUGAGGAGCCAGUCGAGCAGCAGUCAGUGGACAUGGAGAGAGAUUUGCCGUAUUCAGUUAAACCACCUCACAAUGACGACCGUCAAAAACUGGAUGACAUGAUGGCAUCCUAUAGCGAUGUGACGCUCUUUAUCGACGAGGAGGAACUUUCCCCCCCAGUCCGGCUCUCACGCGCUAUGGACCAGCGGUCCAGCACAGAGUCCGACCAGCGGCUCCCGUCCGUCUCCUCUUCCCAGGAUUACUGGUCUCUGGAUCCCAAGGACGAUAAAGCGGACACAGACACAAGCUGUCGAAGCACUCCGUCGCUGGAGAGCCAAGAACCGAGGCUCCGCAUGGAUCAUCUCCCACUGCUGACCAUCGAGCCUCCCACCGACAGCUCUGCAGACGUUAGCGAUCGCUCGGACCGCAGCUCAGUAAAGCGGCAGAACGUUUACGAGCGAAACGUGGCUGGCCCGCAGGCCAGUCCUAAACACAUCUCUCACGGACUGCCCCCUAGAGCUCCCUCUCGAGAUGAGGAGCCAAUCAGACACAGGCACCGACAGCUGGAGAGCCACUUGGCCAUCAACGGGAACCGGCAGAGCAAGUCGGAGUCAGACUUCUCUGACGGGGACAACGACAGCAUCAACAGCACGACAAAUUCAAACGACACAAUAAACUGCAGUUCAGAGUCGUCGUCCAGAGACAGCCUUAGAGAACAGACCCUCAGUAAGCAGACGUACCAUAAAGAGACGCGUAACAGCUGGGACUCGCCUGCCUUCAGCAACGAUGUUAUCCGCAAGAGACACUACCGCAUUGGCCUCAACCUCUUCAACAAAAAGCCAGAGAAAGGUAUUCAGUACCUGACAGAGAGAGGCUUUGUUCCGGAUGCCCCCGUGGGCGUGGCCCACUUCCUUUUGCAGAGGAAGGGGCUUAGUCGACAGAUGAUUGGAGAGUUUCUGGGUAACCGGCAGAAACAGUUCAACAGAGAUGUUCUUGACUGUGUGGUUGAUGAGAUGGACUUUUCUGGAAUGGAGCUGGAUGAGGCGUUGCGGAAAUUCCAGGCUCACAUCCGAGUCCAAGGAGAGGCACAGAAAGUGGAACGUCUGAUUGAAGCUUUCAGCCAACGCUACUGUAUCUGUAACCCCGGCAUUGUUCGUCAGUUCAGAAACCCAGACACCAUCUUCAUCUUGGCUUUCGCCAUCAUCCUCCUCAAUACGGACAUGUAUAGCCCCAACGUCAAGCCCGAACGCAAGAUGAAACUGGAAGACUUCAUCAAAAACCUUCGAGGUGUUGAUGAUGGUCAGGACAUUCCACGCGAGAUGUUAAUUGGUAUUUAUGAGCGAAUCCGACUGCGUGAACUAAAGACCAAUGAGGACCACGUCUCUCAGGUGCAGAAAGUGGAAAAACUCAUUGUUGGGAAGAAACCGAUUGGAUCGCUACAUCAUGGACUAGGAUGUGUACUGUCGCUACCUCAUCGUAGGCUGGUGUGUUACUGCCGUCUGUUUGAAGUGCCAGACCCCAACAAACUGCAAAAGCUGGGUCUGCAUCAACGUGAGAUCUUCCUGUUCAACGAUCUCCUGGUGGUUACCAAGAUUUUUCAGAAGAAAAAGAACUCUGUGACAUACAGUUUCAGGCAGUCUUUCUCUCUUUAUGGGAUGCAAGUACUGCUCUUUGAAAAUCAGUAUUACCCAAAUGGAAUCCGUCUCACGUCGGCCAUUCCAGGCGCAGAUAUCAAAGUGCUCAUCAACUUUAAUGCUCCCAACCCUCAGGACCGCAAAAAAUUCACAGACGACCUGCGAGAGUCCAUUGCUGAGGUUCAGGAAAUGGAGAAAUACAGGAUAGAGUCGGAGCUGGAGAAACAGAAAGGUGUGGUGAGGCCCAGUAUGUCCCAGAGCAUGUCUGGUCUGAAGAAAGAGGCAGGAAACGGCAGCAUGAGCCGCGCCAGCCUCGACGACACUUACGCCAUGGGGGAGGGGUUAAAGAGGAGCGCGCUCAGUAGCUCCCUCCGCGACCUCUCGGAAGCAGGCAAGCGUGGGCGUCGCAGCAGUGCAGGAUCACUAGACAGCAAUAUGGAAGGCUCCAUCAUUAGCAGUCCCCACACACGUCGGAGAGCCCCCUCCACCCGUGAGAACCUUCAUUACCGCCCCCGUCCACCUGUAUCCAACUCUUCCUCCAUCCUUGGCUCGCUCUUUGGCAGCAAGCGGGGGAAGCCUUCCUCCCAGAGCUACCCUCCUCCUCCUCCUCAUUCUCAUCAUCACCCAGACCAUCCAACACUCAUCUCACACACACCCCACCCAGCCAAUCUCCACCACACAGCACAAGUGGAGGCUCAAGCUCACCCCCACCACUCACAAUACUGUCACAUAUCCCAAAAACCUCCACCUUACCAUCACCAUCAUCACUACCGGCCCCCUGCACACAGUCAGCACGGCCCCCCACUCUUCCAGCAGCACCCCUCCCACAGCCAACAUGCCGGCUACACACAACACCAUACUCCACAUUCCCAGCAUGCACCUCACCACCAUCAUCACCACCACCACAGAGAACCGGCAGUGCCCCCUGGUGGCGCCAAACCCAAACACAGCGGCAUCAGCACCGUGGUGUGA